AUCUACGAGUUCUGGCUGGACAACAUCAGGGCUGGAGCAUCAGCCAGCAUCCCCCCCCUCUUUACCUCUCGUCAGUCACUACCGCCCCCGUUUCUCCCCAACCCUUCUGUACCCCACACACCAGAUCUACGAGUUCUGGCUGGACAACAUCAGGGAUUGGUGCAUCAGCCGGCAGCUGUGGUGGGGCCACCGCAUCCCCGUCUUCUACCCCUCCUGGGACUCUGCCCCGCCCGCUCCCCUCCCUGGGAAGGGCACUGCCGGUGCUGAGGAGGGGGCGGUGGAGUAUGUGGUGGCUGGGACCGAGGCUGAGGCUCGGGAGAAGGUUCGGGAGAGGUUCGGGGACGAGGCGGCGGAGACUGUGCGCCUGGAGCAGGACCCUGACGUGCUCGACACGUGGUUCUCCAGUGGGCUGUGGCCGUUCAGCACGCUGGGUUGGCCCAACGAGUCAGCAGAAGACUACCGGAAGUUCUACCCCACCUCGGUCAUGGAAACAGGGCACGACAUUCUGUUCUUCUGGGUGGCACGCAUGACCAUGAUGGGGUUGGAGUUCACAGGCAGGCUGCCCUUCCACACCAUCUACCUGCACGGGCUCGUGCGAGACGCACAGGGGCGCAAGAUGUCCAAGUCGCUGGGCAACGUGGUGGACCCAUUGGAUACAAUCAAUGAGUUUGGCACCGAUGCGCUCAGAUAUACCCUCGCCACCGGCACCACUCCUGGCCAGGACGUGAAUCUGUCUAUGGAGCGGCUGGGCGCCAACAGGGCGUUUGUGAACAAGAUAUGGAACGCGGGGAAGUUCAUUCUGCAGAACCUUCCUAGCAAGGGCGACGAGAAGCAGUGGCAGCGCCUGGGGCAAGUCAAGUUUGACACUCCUGAGGCGCUUGCUGCCCUCCCAUUGGCCGAGAGAUGGCUGCUCUCCCGCCUGCAUACACUUGUGGAUGAGGUCACGGAGGCAUACAUUGCAUAUGAGUUCAAUGCAGCAGGCCGGCGCAUCUACGACUUCUUCUGGAGCGACUUUGCUGACUGGUACAUCGAGGCCAGCAAGACCCGCCUCUACAGCGGCUUUCGCAACUCCUCAUUGCCUUACAUGGACCUCACCUCAGCCCUCCUUCCAUCCCUCCACGCCCAUCAGGUACAUCGAGGCCAGCAAGACCCGCCUUUACAGCGGCUUCCGCUCCUCCAGCAGCAGCGGUGA